AAUCGACACCAAGUCCGAAUUUAUCUUCUCCACCAAGAAAGCACCUAUCAUAAAACUCAGGCCAUGAUUCGUCGGUGGAAAAUAAUCACCAUAGAAACCAAGGAUUUGUGUUGAUUUCUCUCGCAUUCAUCUCAAUAUUUGAUCGAGUUGGCCGGGAUUGUUUCGUGCGGGUAUUUUUGCAUUUCUUAUAUUAUGGCAUCCGUAGCAGUAGCAGGGGCUGCAGUUGGAGCUAGUGCUCUAGGUGCUAGAUACUUGCUAAGGGCAUGGCAAGCAUUCAAAUCCAACCCACGGGCCCGUAAUUUUUACCACGGGGGAUUUCAACAGGCCAUGAACAGGCGAGAGGCCGCAUUGAUUCUUGGAGUGAGGGAGCACGUCGCCUUGGAAAAGAUCAAAGAGGCUCAUAGAAGAGUGAUGGUAGCAAACCACCCUGAUGCUGGGGGCAGCCAUUACCUUGCUUCAAAGAUCAAUGAAGCUAAAGAUAUCUUGUUGAAGAAAUCAAAGGCGUCUGAUUCUGCAUUCUGA